GAACAUGCAAUCUUUAGAUGGAGAAGAAUACGAUUUGGGCCUGGGGUGUUUUAAUUUAAAGUAGUUGAGAGAGAUACACUCUCGAGACCUGGUCUCCUCGUGGGGAGCCGGUACAUGUAGGGGCGUUUUCUUUUUCCUCUCUAAGCUCCCUACCCCCCACUGAGUAUUCUUUUUUGACAUAUGGGAUGGCGCAAGUUGGGCCACAUACGCCAGGCUGAGAGUGGGAGGGCUUAUAAGUUCUCGCCAUCCGCGUUUCCGUGGCACAGGGAGCCCCGAUAUCUCUGGUGUUUUGCCUGAGCCAUACUUCGCCACCUCGACUUACAAUAUGGACGGCUCACUAGAAACACGAGUUCCGCACGAUGACAUCCAAUACAGAGGCAUGCAGCUCUUUGCUGUCCAGCUGUCCUUUAUGCUCGCGGCCGGCUUCUUCGUCUUGGCUAGAGCCUACGUCAAAGUAUGCAUCGUCAAGAGUUUAGCCGUCGAUGACUGGCUUAUCUUCGGGGCCAUGCUUGGUUACACAGCAUACGGUGGCAUCGCCCUCCACGGCAUAACCAACGGUGCCACAGGAAAGCACAUCACGGAGCUCACAGUCGACCAAGCCGCCGUCUCCCUCAGAGCCUGGUACAUCUGCGAAGUCCUAUAUUCCCCAAUCACGCUGGCGAUCCGAACCUCGAUUUGCCUCUUGCUCCUCCGUCUCGCUCUUAACAAAGUCCACCGUUGGAUCAUCUACGCCAACCUCGUCGUCGUCUGGAUGAUCUCCAUCGCCUUCUUCUGCAUCAUGACCUUCCAGUGCAUGCCCCCGUCCUACUUUUGGAGGCAACUGUACGGCGAUCCGGGGUCUUGUAUCAACUUUAACAUUGUCCCGGACGCGACCAUUGCACACAGCAUCAUCUCGGCGAUAUCAGACUGGUGCAUGGGUCUGCUACCGAUUGCCCUUUUGUGGAACGUCAACUUGAACCGGCGGACAAAGGCACUCGUUGCCGUUCUCCUGAGCAUGGGUAUGGUUGCUGGCGUUGCUCUCAUAGUACGCAUACCAUAUGUGAGACGUCUCGCCAUCUCGGCAGACUUCCUCUACGAAACAAUUGACGUCGCCAUCUGGAGUGUCCUGGAGCCCGCGCUAGGCAUCAUCGCGGCUUCGGUCACCAGUCUCCGACCUCUCUUCCAGAACUGGGGCUUCGGAUGGAGCAACAAGAGCAAGCAAUCUCGUCCGUCGGGCGCGGGCUGGGUCAACACGAGCGGCCACCCAGGAACAAAGGAAACGUCCGGCGCCGUGGCCAGGGGAGGCAAGUCCGAAAAUUCAAACUCCACCGUACGAACAUUCAACGACAUUGACCGGGCCUUGUCCGGCACCGGGUCCGAUAUCGAGCUGAAUAAGACGGUCCGGGACGACGGGCGGGACGAGUACGAGGAGUACGACGCGUCGAGGCCGUCUUCUGAUCUCGGUCAGAGAAGUCACGCCCAGGAGACGCAUGCGCGCGACAGGCCGGUCAUUAAUGUUCGUACAACGAUUGAUAUCAUGUCGCACUCGAAUCACUCAAUCGAUCAAGUUCCGCCGCCGGCAGAAUGCUCUGCUGGCGACAGGGAAGAAAAGGGGGCGGGAGGAGAGGCGGGGGAUCGUAGGGGCAAGGUGAUGUAGGCGAUUUGAUAUACCCAUUUCAUUACGUUCGUUGUUUUUCUUUUUAGUCGUAGAUUCUGGCCAUAGAUCGGGGUAUAUGGAGUU